AUGGGGAAUUCAUAUGCAGGGCAGCCGAAGUCUGCUCGCUUCGAAGAGGCCCUCCACAACUCUAUCAAGGCCUCCCUUUGCUCCAGCAGUGGAGAACCACAGCCCGUCUUCACUCAGCUAUACCUGGAGCCUGUCCAUUAUCAUGGCAACAUGGAGGAUAUAAAGCCCAAGGUGGACCUGUACCUGCCGUGCGGGAAGCCUCCGUGUCAGGAUCAGCUGAACGGCCAGGCCUCUAAUGGUCUGGAGGAGAUGAAGGUGGACGGCAACUCUGACACCAGCAGCCCCCCACCGCCCAACUUACAAGGCCCCUCGCCCAACAGCUGCUGCACCAUGGACGGUUUCUGUCAGGCCGGUAGGGACCUCCGUCUGGUCUCCAUGUUGACAGAGCCAAUCCAAGUCCCAGCUGGCUUUGAGUUAGUUGGUGCCAAGUCCCCCAGCAUCCCAGAGCACAUCCUGGUGUGUGCUGUGGAUCGACGCUUUCUGCCUGAUGAGAACGGGAGAAAUGCACUUUUAGGGUUUUCAGGGAAUUGUGUUGGCUGUGGAGAGAAGGGGUUCCGGUACUUUACUGAGUUCUCCAACCACAUCAACCUGAAGCUGGCCACGCAGCCCAAGAAGCAGAAGCACUUAAAAUACUACCUGGUGAAGAACUGUCAGGAUGCUCUGUGCAAAGGACCCCUCAUCUGCUGGAAAGACUGUAAGACACGUCAGUUCUCCAUUAGCAGUGCAUACACCUCCAAACCCAACUCCUCAUCCUCCCUGAGCAUCAAGGAGAAUGGAGGCACCAACAGACACAGCUGUUCCCCCUUCUCCCUGUCAGACUCCCCAUCUACCAGAAUUCCCUCUGCAUCCUCUGUGUUCCUCUCAGCCCUGGACCUGGCCCGAGAGUGCAGCUUCCUCAAGCCUUUGGCCUCUACCCCUGGGACAGAGACUCUACCAAUUGUGCCCACAGUUCUGAUAGUGAACAGUCCGGCUAGCGGACUGGGUGCAGAGGGCCGCCCCCCCUUACUGAGCCUCUCCCAGGUGUCUCUGGGAACCCAAGGACAGGGGUACAGAACCUCGGACCCAGGAGAUAGCCCUGUUUCGUCUGCCAUGACCCUUGGCCCGCCCAAGAAGCGCCACCGCGGUUGGCACCCCAACCCCCUGGUCCCAGUCCCCCCUACAGCCGUCCCUGUGCCCACCAUCCAACCCAUCGUCUACUCCCCAGGCUCUGUACUGGCUAUGCCUACUCCUCAGCCGCCUGUAGCAGGGGUCCUUCAGCCCAAAUCUGUCACUGCCGGAGAGACUGUCAUCGUCCCCAACAACCUGCUCAACACCUCAGGAGUCCGUCCUGUCAUCCUCAUCGGGCAUGGUACGUUACCAUACUUCUACGGGAACGUGGGGGACAUUGUGGUGAGCCCCCUGCUAGUGAGCUGCUAUAAAGGCAACCAGCUGACUGAGAAGACCCUGUCCAGUCUUGGACUGAACAGUAGCCAACUGCUCAGUGUGGAAACCAUAAUACUCCUCACCCUGCAGUACCUUGCAAGGCUAGGUUCGGAGCAGAUCCCUCUGAGGGAGUUGUUUGAGCAGAUCGUGCUGAAGGCCAUGUUGAUUUGUCCUGGAGGUCUCUCCAUCUCCCCGGCCCAGCUGCCCUGGCUAGCCCGCCUGGGGGCCAGCGUCUCUGGGGGCAGUGUUCAGGUCCUAGUCACCCAAAACUCCCUGGGGGAGGGCAUCUCCGAGUCCCUGCGCUCACUCUGCAGUGGGCCGCCUCACCAACAGUGCCUACCCACCUACGUGGUUAUUGUUUUUGCCUCCAAGAUGAGCGGCAAUGAGUUCUGUGUGCUCGUUCUGGGGAAGUACCAGGCGAGAGCACUAGCUGAGGGAAUGCUCACCACCAAUGAGUUCCUGAAGGAGAUCAGCUACGAGCUCAUAACAGGAAAAGUCAGUGUCCUGGAGUCUAACUUCAAAACCACAUCACUAGGGGACAACCUGGACAAGCAGCUGCUACACAUCCAGCGGCAACGGAAGGGCCAGGUCAUCCAGCCCUUCCAGGGCGAUGUCACCGACCACAUCCCGUCCCAGGAGGCAGCCACCAUGGUACCUCCCUCCGAGUCAGGUGAGGCAUGGCUACUUGAGUUGUUUCAGAUCCACUCUCCCCAGCUGAGUGUAGCCAGGAGCCUGCUCUCCCUGGUGUGUUCCAUAGCAGACUCAGGCAGCCAGAGUCUGGACCUGGGCCGCUUCUGCAAGGUGGACUUCCUGGUUCUGGUUCCUCCGUCUCAUGUCCUGGUGAACCAGACCGCUCAUCGCAUCCAACAAUCAGGAGUGCUAGUGGACCUGGGUAUAGAGGAUGCUUCCUCAGCUCACCAGAGGUCAGACCAGUAUGUGGUUCGUCUAGAUGGAGACUUCCACGCCAAGAUGGAGGCCUUUAUGCGGAAAGUCAAACAGAAUCCCUACACCCUGUUCGUGCUCAUCCACGACAACUCCCACGUGGACCUGACCAGUGCCCGGUCCGGCUCGGUGUGCCACGGGGAGCUUCAGGGUAUAGCUGACAGGGUGGUAAACUGCCAGGAGGUCCUGGAGGCCUUGAACCUGCUGGUGCUGCAGGUCAGCUGCUUCCCCUUCGCCCUGCAGACAAGACAGUCCCGCAUCAGCGUUCACAACGAGGUGCACUGGCCAGACAACACAGACAGCCUGGGGGAGGUCUCUCCUAAGGAGCUGGUGUACUUUGGCCUGAGGGACCACAGCAGCUCUCUGCGGUGGGGGGUGGCCAGCCCCAUCCUGCGCUGUGAUGACGCCUUCGAGAAGAUGGUCAACAUGCUGCUGGAGAGACAUCCCCGCCUACACAGCAUGGUUAUCAGGAGCUACCUGUUGAUCCAGCAGUACACGGAAGCCAUGAUGGCUCUGAUCUCCUCUCCUUCCCUACGGGACAACAUCACCCCCGAGACCCUGGCCGUGGUGGAGGAUCUGAUCAGUGCUCCGGGCCGGGAGGGGACCAGGGGCCGGGGCCACAUGCUGCUGAUUCGGGUACCCUCUCUGCAGCUAGCCAUGCUGGCCCAGGAGCGCCUGGAGGACGUCAGGAACAAGCUGGGUCUCCAGUUCUGCUUUGCCAUACUGCUGGGGAACCCUGCCGCCGAGCUCAGCCUUCCACGACACUUCGCUAACCGACUCAGGGCCUGGCAGGGAUGUGAAAAUGAGGACUGGAUCCCUCAAACCUAUGAGGAUCUGGAGGGUCUUCCCUGUGUCGUCAUCCUCACUGGAAAAGACCCUCUGGGAGAGACCUUCCCAAGGUCUCUGAAGUACUGUGAUCUGCGUCUGAUCGACUCCAGCUACCUGACACGUACGGCCCUGGAGCAGGAGGUAGGUCUAGCCUGCUCCUACGUGUCCCUGGGGAUGGUGCAGGAGCCCCGCAAGGCAAUGGCCCACAGGGACCAAGAGACAGACAAAACCAGUGGCCCCCAGGACCCAGACCGAGAGCUUCAUGUGGACCUGGAGAAGUCCCAGAGCAAUGUCAGCACUGCUACUAAAGCCUCCGGCUCUCUGGCAGAGAACGGGGUCAGCUAUUCUGAUGUCCCUGACUCCUCCCAGAAGCCCUCCACCUCCUCCUGCCCCCCCGGAGGCAAGGCAGGCAGCAUCAUGAUGGACUGCAGGACAGUUCCGGGCACAGCCUCAUCCUCUCCCUGCUGGGUCAAACAGGAGUGUGACUCCCUGGGUAAUGCUGCCCCCUGCCCCUCCAACACCCCUCCCUCCUGCUCUUCCUCCUCCUCUACCCAAUGCCCCAGCCAGUCCACGGGGUGUGGCGGGGGCAGCAAGUCACCUCUAGUCUCUCCACGGACUGUCAUCCUGUCCCACGCAGCCUACAACCUCCUGGCUCCAGAAUCAGGGAGCCAGCUGAGCUCCUUCUCCCUGCUGCCUCACGCUGAUGUGGGCUGGAGCAGCCUGCUGAGGCCCCUCUUCAAACCUAACCUCCAGGGGGCAGAGCAGAGCAUCUUCUACAGACAGUGGACCGUAGCCGGGCAGCACCAUGCCGACCACGAGGCUCCCCCGGUGCCACACCCACGACGCCUGCUGCUCAGUGGACCCCCACAGGUGGGGAAGACCGGUGCCUACCUGCAGUUUCUACGCAUCCUGUUCCGCAUGUUGAUUAGACUGCUGGAAGUAGAUGUGUACGAUGAAGAGGAGUUGGAGGAAACGACCACGGACAUGUCUGAGGCCACACCCCCAGCAAGGACCCAGUGGCCAGACAUCGAGGAGAUCCGCAAACUACCCUUUGACCUCUUCCCCAGAGACCCUAAGUUCAGAAGGGCCAGUUCCGUUUACACUGACAAGAUGCCAAAGGGCUUGAAAGAUCCCAAACUGGAAGGAGAGAGCCAAAUGCCUGUAAAGAGGGAGACUGUGUCGAUUCGGCUGAGUAUGUUCGCGGCCCACAAUGCAUUUCACCAUUGUAAGCAGUGUCACCAUUAUUGUGAAGGAAGCCCUGCCACACAGCUGUCGGAGUGCACCUUCCACGCCUUCACAUUCUGCUCGUCCAUGCUGGGAGAGGAGGUGCAGCUCCACUUCAUCAUCCCCAAGGCCAAGGAGCAGCACUUUGUCUUCAGCCAGCAAGGCAGUCACCUGGAGAGCAUGAGGCUGCCACUCAUCUCUGCGCAGGACCCCAGUCUGUUGAAGAGCCCCAUCUUCACCCCGACCACGGGGCGUCAGGAGCACGGCCUUUUCAACAUUUUCCAUGCCAUGGAGGGCACCGCCCACCUCCACAUCCUGGUCGUCAAGGAAUACGAGAUGCAACACUACAGGAGAAAAUGGCCCAACCACAUCCUGCUGGUGCUGCCAGCCAUGUUGAACAGCGCUGGAGUCGGGGCAGCACGGUUCAUGAUCAAGGAACUGUCAUACCACAACCUGGAGCUGGAGAGGAACCGUCUGGGAGAGCAGGGGGUCAAGAGGCAUGACAUCUGGCCCUUCAUAGUCAUGAUGAACGACUCCUGUGUGCUCUGGAACGCACACCAACCCCAUGAUAUGGCAGACACAGGGCCCAGUCUGACCAACGUGUCUUUGAAGACGGUGCUGCAACACAUUGAGGCUACUCCUAAGAUCUUCCUGUAUACAAUGUGUGGCACCCGCAAGUGGAGCAGUGCCCUGUCCCGCCGCCUGCCUGCCAUGCCCUUCUCCCGAUGCCACCUCCAUGACUUUGUCAUGCUCAAUGUGGACCUGACACAGAACGUCCAGUACGACUUCAACAGGUACAGCUGUGAGGAGGUGGACUUCAACCUGAGAGCCAACAGCAGUGGUCUGCUGCUCUGUCGUUUCAACCACUUCAGCCUGAUGAAGAAACACAUUCCCUUUGGAGGACACAAGGACUUUCUGGUCAAACCCAAACUCACAGUGAUGGAGAAUCCAGCCCCCAUCAGCCCGUACCAGUAUGUCUGUGCCCCAGACAGUGAUCACACCCUCCUGGCUGCCCCGGCUCAGUUCCUCCUAGAGAAGUUCCUCCAAAGCUGCAGCCACAGACUGUUCCCCAAGGCAGUACAGAACAACAGCAACCCUGUGCUGUCCAUAGACAGUUUCCUCAACAUAGGCCCUGAGGUGUCAGUAUGUUACGUCAGCUCCAGGCCACACUCCUCAAACCUGGACCACCAGGGUCUGGUCUUCAGCGGCCUGCUGCUCUACCUGUGUGACUCCUUUGUUGUCUCUGGCCUCCUCAAGAAGUUUCACUUCAUCAAAGGUGCCACAUUGUGUGUGAUCUGCAGGGACCGUAACUCUUUGCGUCAGACCAUCAUGCGGCUGGAGUUGGAGGACAAGUGGCUGUUCCGCCUGAGGGAUGAGUUCCAGACGGCCAACUGCAGCGAGGACCGGCCCCUCUACUUUCUCACCGGACGCCAUGUUUAA